ACCCUUUUCAUUACAGUUUUGUAGAGGCCAUGGAAAUUGGUCAACCCCUUUUUCAAUUUUGCCCCCUCCCCUUUUAUAAUGUAAUAGUCCAGACUUUGCUUUACCUCUGAAAAUAAUGGACUGAUCCAAGAGUUGCCACAUCAGCAAGGGACAGGAAGUUGGCUUCAUUGUUCUUACAAGCAAUGACCCUGCCAACAUCUGCAAUAAAGUUGUCCUCAUGCAUUUCUGUAUCUUUGGCUGACAACUCUCCAUUAUUUCUUACAGGGUCACCAACUUCAUCAUUUUAAUGUAACUCUCGUAAGUGCCAUCUCUUGCAAUUACACGGGUGUAACAUUUGGAGGCACGAGAGGGGUAGGCGUGUCUGACGAGAAUUACAGUAGACCAAAUGCGCCUAUCCAGUGAAACGAACCAAGACCAGAUGCAACAGUAAACGGCAUCUAGACAGCCGACGGGACCAGCGAGUUGACUGGGUGUGCGAGACCAGGGUGUACCACCAGCGAGAGGAGGGAUCGCCUCAACAGGGAUUGCCUCAAGCCGCUGUCACGACUCGACCCCAGUGACGUCACCACGACCAUCGUUGCUGUCUAUCAAGUGAACAACAUGGAUAUCCUGGAAGUUGUCGAGAAGGUCAAUGCCAGAGUACGUGUCCUUUCCACUCAAAAGCUCCUUGGAGUAUGCGAGCACCUGGGGCUGGAGACCGGAGAUACGGCAGAGAAAGUCAAUGGUCAUCAGAGGCUGGUGCAGAACACGUACAGUGAUGAAGUCCUAGAUCGCGCCGAUGGAGGAAUUGAGCUGCUCCAAGGACUGGACGGAUUCAUCGAUGGAAUUGCUGGCCCCGAGGUUGUUCCGGAUGAGGCAGCUGUCUCAGCCAAGAGUGCAAAGCCUGACUCUUCAGACGAACCUUUGGAAGUCCAGCCAGCCCCUUUGAAGUUGGUCCCCGCUAAAUCCGAGCAACCAACUGUGGGACCAGAAGUCCUGAGUCUAAUGCGUCGUGAAUUCAAAAUUUUUGGACAGAUCGGAGAACCCGGCCAGAAGGACAGGCUGACAUUUACCAGCCUGGCACACCAAAUUGAGACUGGUCGUGAGAAGGGGUACCGGACAGUGAAGUCGUCCAAGGCGUAAUCCGAGCU